AUGGGGCUGAUCUCGGGGAUGGUGGUGGGGACAAUGGUGGGGAUAGCGCUGGUGGCCGGGUGGAGCCGCAUGAUGAGGUAUCGCAGCACCAAACGCGUCGCCAAGGCUGUCGAUAUAAAACUUCUAGGAUCACUCAACAGAGAUGAUUUGAAGAAGCUCUAUGUGGUGAAAUGGCUAAACAAGCAAUUGAGUAAACUAUGGCCUUUCAUUGCAGAUGCAGCAACAAUGGUCAUCAAGGAUUCUGUAGAGCCACUACUGGAAGAUUAUCGCCCCCCAGGAAUAUCCUCACUUAAGUUUACAAAACUUUCUUUGGGAAAUGUUGCACCCAAAAUUGAAGGCAUCCGAGUUCAGAGCCUUAAGAAAGGUCAGAUUACAAUGGAUAUUGACUUUCGAUGGGGUGGAGAUCCAAACAUAAUUCUUGCAGUUGAAGCACUUGUUGCUUCACUGCCCAUUCAGUUGAAAGAUCUUCAGGUUUUCACUGUUGUACGUGUUAUUUUCCAACUUUCUGAAGAGAUCCCCUGCAUUUCUGCUGUUGUUGUUGCUCUCCUUGCUGUGCCAAAGCCUAGAAUAGAUUAUAUACUGAAGGCUGUUGGUGGAAGCUUAACCGCUAUUCCUGGGCUUUCGGACAUGAUUGAUGAUACUAUGAAUUCAAUUGUUACGGACAUGCUCCAGUGGCCUCAUAGAAUUGUAGUUCCACUUGGUGGAGUAGAUGUCGACACAAGCGAACUGGAGCUUAAACCACAGGGAAAGCUUACAUUGACUGUCGUGAAAGCAAAUGGUUUGAAAAAUAUGGAAAUAAUUGGUAAAUCUGAUCCUUAUGUGGUUCUGUCUGUACGCCCCAUGUUCAAGGUUAAAACAAAAGUGAUCAACAACAAUCUCAACCCUGUAUGGAACGAAACAUUUGAGCUGAUUGCCGAGGAUAAGGAAACACAAUCUGUUAUUCUUGAGGUUUUUGAUGAAGACAACCUUGCACAAGAUAAGAGAUUGGGUGUAGCCAAGUUAGCUUUGAUUGACUUGGAACCUGAGACUAAUAAGGAAUUUGAUAUGAGGCUGCUACCCUCACUAGAUACACUAAAGAUUAAGGACAAGAAGGACAGAGGAACUCUUACAAUAAUGGUAAUGUAUCAUCCAUUCACAAAGGAUGAACAACUACAGGCCGUGGAACAAGAGAAGAGGACUUUGGAGGAGAGGAGGAAAAUGAAGGAGGCAGGAAUGAUUGGGAGCACGAUGGAUGCGCUUGGUGGGGCAGCAUCCUUGGUUGGGUCAGGGGUCGGGCUGGUGGGUACGGGGAUUGGGACUGGUGUGGGGUUGGUAGGUUCGGGCAUUGGAGCUGGUGUUGGCUUAGUAGGUUCAGGCAUUGGAGCUGGUGCAGGGCUGGUGGGAACUGGACUUGGUGCUGUGAGCAGUGGUCUGAGCAAAGCAGGAAAGUUCAUGGGUAAAAGUGUGGCAAACCAGUUCAGCAGUGCUCGGAGGAACGGUAGCAGCUCCCCGGCAGGACAGGGAGAAGGAAAUGGAAGCUAAGCUGGCCAGCUCACACUUUUUUUUUUUUUAAGCUGAAAACGUAAGUACCAUACAUAACGUGUAUGGAUACAACCAAUAAAACCAGAAAACAGAACAUCACGGAGAGCAGUAGGCAGCUCCGAGUCUCCUUCCCAAAGGUGAUCCCCGUGUGGUUAGCAACAAAAGAAGCAACUCAGUCUGUCGUCCCGUUGGCCUAUCUGAACACGUCUCGUCUGAAGCACCAGUCCGUCAGCAACUAUGGACCGAAUAUCUCUCACUAGCGGGUGGUAGCCGCCGACCCAUCCAGAAGUCUACAGGAUCCACUCAACAACCGUCGCAGAAUCAUCCUCCAAGAGGACGUGUCGCCCCGCAGGGCACCAACCCGGCAGCUCACACUUCUUGACUGGUUCACUUUGUAUCUUUCUCAAUUUCUGUGCUUUUUAUGUUUGACGUAUGCGAGUACGUUGAUAGAGCAGUAAGAAUGCUCGAGUGGUUUCUCUGUUCUUUAUUGGAUUACAUUCUGUGCGAACCAUUUGAUGUUUUGAGAGACUCAUGUCAGCUAGAUCCAUCCUUCAAGACAGGCUCAGAUAGAAAAAAAAAAAAAA